AUGAAAUAUGUUAGGCACAUCCGAAAUUCUUCUGUCGACAAUAUAUCGAUACGAAAUCGCUGGGCUGGCUGUUUUCCGGCCAGUUCAAAUGUGCUCGCGGCGGACGGUAGAUCGGUGCCCAUCUCCAGUCUGAGUGUGGGAGAUCACCUGCUGACGUAUGACAUCGGAAGGCAUCAGCUGCGACCCAGUCCUGUGAUCGCCUUUCUGCAUCGCGACCCAAAUGCUUCACCAGACUUGAUCACAGUCAAAUACACACUCGCCAUUUGCUGUUCCCUCCAAUCCUCCGCCUCUCUGGCAGUCCACCAAAACCGAUAUCUCUCCCAUAAACUGUGUCAUUGCUCCUCCGCGCCAGUGGAGCAACCCUGCCCAUUUGACUCACACUCAAGCUUUCAGGCCGCCUCAACUUGCACUUCUUCCUCACUCCGCAUUACUCCCAACCACUUGGUCUACAGACGAAGACCAUCGGCAGCCAAUUCUCCCUGCGCUCAGAGGCCCAUGGUACCGGCGAGGACCAACCGCUCUGUCCGGACAACCCGACGAACGACUGCCUGCCUGGCCUGUUGUUGGGGCGACAGAGCUGGCCACGAGGUGAUUUACGCCUAUCAACUGCGCGCAGGUGACCUCAUUGAAUUGGUAGCCACGACAACGAGCAAUUUGACCCUCUGGCGUGAGUCAGAGUGGCCAGAGCAC